UUGACUAGUCAUUAUUAUAGUUGUUUGAAACGUUGAAUAGUCAUUCUCAUAGUUGUUUGAAACGUUGACUAGUCACUUAACAAAUAAAAGAAAAUUAUUUAUUUAUAUUCAAAUAAAAUCUUACGUGUUCGCGAGCCAAAUUCUGAGUAAACUUGUAAAAAGACACAAAACCAUGGAACGUUUGCGCGCCAAGGAAGCCCGAAAUGUGACCAUCGGAAGCUAUAAAUUUAUGCAUAAGUUCGAUGCCGGAGCAUUUGGUGAUAUUUACCUGGGCACCAAUAUCCUUAAUGGCGAAAAGGUGGCCAUUAAGGUGGAGAGCCAUCGUGUCCGUUAUCCCUACCUGGCAUACGAGUGGCGUGUAUAUAAGGCUCUGCAACCAUCUCCGGGAUUGCCGCAAAUCAAGUACUUUUGCAAGGAGCCCAGUUUUAAUGCCAUGGUCAUGGAGCUAAUGGGUCCCUCGUUGGAGCAUCUCUUUCAAAAAUGUCACCGAUGCUUCACCCUGAAAACGAUUCUAAUGCUAGCCGAACAGAUGCUGCAGCGCCUGGAGUAUGUACAUAAUCACGGAUUCGUCCAUCGCGACAUUAAGCCAGAGAAUUUUGUAAUGGGUCGUGGCGGCAAGAGCAAAAUGGUGUUUCUCAUUGAUUUUGGAUUGGCCAAGAAAUUCUGGAAUCCCAGCACCGAUGUUCAUAUACCAUAUCGUGAGGACUGCGGUCUAACUGGAACGGCGCGCUAUGCCUCUUUAUGCUCUCACGAUGGUAUGGAACAGUCGCGUCGAGAUGAUCUUAUGUCUGUGGGCUAUGUCCUUAUCUACUUUCUUCGUGGCAGUCUGCCUUGGCAGGGGCUGCAGGCAUCGACAAAGGAGCAGAAAUACAAACUGAUCCAGCAGACGAAGCAAUCAAUUAGCAAUGAACGACUCUGUGAGAAUAUUCCCAGCACCUGUCGCAGUCAAUGUAUUUUAACAGAGAAAAUUUGUACGAUUGGGAAAUGCUAAGAGUGGUUAAAACGAGUCACAACAAUCCUGGCACUGGUAAACAAGUAUUCCCACCCAAACUUCCCUCAGAU